AUGGGAAAUUGUUGUCCAAAUCAUGAUCUGAAAACAUCCUUCAUUAGUUCAAUAAGCGAUGACAAAAGUAUUCAUUGUGUCUGACAGUAGCUAAAUUGGUGACUAACAGUGCAUCUAAGUAACCUGUGUUGGUAGUUAUCCCCCCACCUCCAUUAAAAUAGCAGAUCAGUCAAGAUGAUUUCAUCAAGAUAGGAAUGCUGGGACAAGUAUUAUAAGUAAUUGAAAAUUAGGGGGCUUUUGGGAAAGUUUAUUAGGUGAGAAAGAAGGACACUAAUAAAAUUUAUGCGAUGAAAUAAAUUUAGAUAAAGAAAAUUAGAGAAUGUAAUUUAGAAACGAACACAGUUUUAGAAAGAAAUGUAUUGAAACAAAGCAAACAUCCCUUCAUAGUGAAAUUGAAAUUUGCAUUCCAAAACCCUAAGUAUAUCUUCUUUGUGAUGGAAUGCAUCAAUGGAGGGUAAUUUUAUAAUGUUCUCAAAUGCAAGAAGAAUGGAUUACCAGAAAAUGUCGUAAGAUUCGUUGCAGCAGAAGUAGUAUUGGCACUUGAAUACUUAAAUACAAAACUAAAGGUUAUUUACAGAGAUUUAAAACCAGAAAACAUUUUAUUGACUGAAACAGGACACGUUAAAUUGACAGAUUUCGGACUAGCAACAUUAAGAAAAGAUAAUGAGAAAUCUUACCUUUUGGCUGGCACUCCUGAGUACUUGGCCCCAGAAAUCAUUACCAGACAAGGUCACUCGUACGAAGUUGAUAUAUGGACCCUUGGUAUCUUAGCAUUUAUACAGUGAAUAGGAAUUCUUAUUUUUGAAAUGAUCAAUGGUAAUCCACCAUUCCAUGAUCCAUAAAGAAGAGUUGAAAUGAUCACCAAACAAAUUUUACUCAAUGAUCCUACCUAUCCUAAGACCAUGAGUCCAGCUGCAUGUGAUUUAAUCUAGAAACUACUCAAAAAUGAUCCUAAAGAACGCAUCGGAGUUAAAGGAGGAUAUGAUGAAAUAAAGAAUCACCCCUUCUUUAAUUCCAUCAGCUGGGAUGUUAUUCAUCUAUAAGUGUCUCCACUCAAAUAAUUUGCUGAAAAGAGCAUUUUGAAGAACUCAACAAGAGUUGUUAAUCAACCUCCUCAAACUCUAGAAGACACACCAUGUAAUCCUUAAAUGCCCAAUGGCAAAAUCGAUGGCAUCACAUAUUUGGGUGAAGGUGAAACAUUCAAUUCCAAAUUUUGA